GACCCGAAAGGUGUUAUUAUGAAUUUAAGCCUAGAAUCUAUUCUAAUUAUUAAAUAGAGUCGAGUAACCCGAAAAAUUUGAAAGUACACGAACAAAUGUGAACAAAAUGUCGCCUCUAAAAUGAUUUAUAUUGAAUUAAAAUAAUAGAUCUAGUAAGUAAAGUAUUAUCCAAGACUAAGCAUACCCCCCACCCCUUAAAAAAGGAUGGGAAAAUCAAAUAAAAUUUUACUCUGUGGUUGCACUGGUGUUGGAAAAACUGCAAUACUAGAGCAACUGCUAUAUGGGAACCAUAUUGUUGAGUCACCAACACACCAGACUAUGGAGGAUAUUUACACAGCAGUGAUAGAAACAGACAGAGGUGUGAAGGAGAAAGUUCGGAUAUUUGACUUGGGCAUGCCAGAUGGUGUUGAACCAGAGCUACCCAAGCACUACCUGAAUUUUCCAGACGGAUUCAUUUUAGUCUAUGAUGUCACCAAUUUUGAUUCUUUCAAACGGCUUGACAAAAUAAAAAAAGAAAUUGACAAACAUAAGGACAAAAGAGAAGGCCAUGUAAUAGUUAUUGGAAACAAAAGUGAAUUAAAUGACCGGAGGCAAGUUCAGUUUGAUGUUGCUAUGGCAUGGUCAGUCAAAGAGAAAAUGAGACUAUGGGAGGUAACAGUUACCAACAGGAAGUCAUUGGUGGAUCCAUUUGUCUGGCUUACAUCUAAAAUAACCCAGCCCACAGGAAAAAGUAACUUUUUACCAGGUCGGAAAACAAAGUCUUCAAGCGGCAAUAGUUUGGAUAAAAACUGAUUUUUAGGGAAUAUGCACAAAAGUCAUAUCAACUGAUAGCGCUUGUAGUUAGAUCUACAGUUUCAAGAUCUCAAACUAAAUUCAAGUUGCAUGCAGUCACAACGAUGUGGAUUACUUGCUGCAUAAGCAUGCGCUGAAACUUGAGGCACUUUACAGUGUAGUUCACAUAUCACUGUUCACACACCUGUGAUAGUCUAGAGCAGUAUAAAAUAAUGAAGUACUUCUCUCAAUGUUGUUCAUCUAAAUUCAUGUUCAUAUUUUGUUAAAUAAAAUGAAUUUUAA